UCAUUUCUUCUUUUGUUAAUCGAUGGAGAUGACUGUUUUACAUCCUCCAUCGAAGAUUGCUUUAUCUUCUUUUUGCUAAGAAGAUUACAGAGGAUAGAGAAGAGAGAAAAAAGGCCCCCUUCUAGGAAGGUUCCCUCCUAUAUAUAGUUAUGAAAUCCUCACAAUUUUCUUGGGCUAAUACACUUUCAUACCACGUCCGCUUUCGUCGUUCCCUGAGUAUUGUUCUUUGACUUGACGGGUAUUGUGAGUACGGGGUUUGGAGCAAACUAUGUCGUCUUCCACUGUCUCGCCGCUUGGACGAGAUCUCGGUUGGAUCGACCGUCAGAUUUGACCAAUACACUACUAUCUUACAGUACCUUAUUGUCCGCAUCUAAUUUUAAAAAAAUAUUAACGUAACAGAUGUUUUUUCCAGCUAGAAAAAGGUUAGUUGUCCUUCCCAAGAAACCAAUCUCUCCACCACUUAUAAUCUACCAAAGUUACGUUCCUAAUAAAGACUGCAGUCACUUACACUUCAAUACAAAGGACUAUAAAUUAAAGCAAUUCGCUGAAACCUCUCACACGUCUCUAACACUCUAAAGAAAGAAAAAAGAAGAAAGGAAAACGAAACGAAGGAUGAGCUUCCAAAGUUUCUACGAAACAUGGUUUGAGCAGCUCAAGGGAAUGGUACAUCAACUGAACCAAGCCCCAAAACCCGCCACCAAUGACCAAAACCACGAGUUGCACCAACAGCUUGUUCAAAAAGUCAUGUCCCACUACUCCGAGUACUACCGAGUCAAGUCCUUGGCUGCAAAAAAUGAUAUCCUCUCCGUUUUUUAUGCACCUUGGUGCACUUCUCUUGAACGAUCUCUCCACUGGAUUGCCGGUUGGCGACCCACCACUGCUUUCCACCUUAUCUACACUGAAUCCAGCGUUUUAUUCGAGUCCCAUAUCAUCGACAUUCUACGCGGCCUCCGCUACGGCGAUCUCGGUGAUCUCUCUCCCGACCAACUCCGCCGUGUCAGUGAACUUCAAUGUCAAGCUGUUCUGGAAGAAAAUGCUAUUGCUCAUGAACUCUCCGAGUGGCAGGAUGGUGCAAGUGAGGUAAUUGGGUUGAUGGGAGAUAUAGAUGCAAAAAUGGAAGGGCUGGUGAGCGUUUUAGAGAGGGCGGACAAACUGAGAAUGAAAACCAUAGAGAAUUUGGUGCAACUUUUGUCGCCACAGCAAGCGGUGGAAUUCUUGAUCGCAGCGGCGCAUUUGCAAUUCGGCAUCCGUAGAUGGGGAAUCAAUCAUGAUCGUCAACGAGGGAAUCUCUGACUUCUGAUUAUAUAUUACUUCCUUGUUCAUCAUGCAACUGGUUUAAUUUGCAUGUUUUUUUUUUUUUUUUUUUGGGAUCAGUUUUUUUCAAAUUAGAGGAGAAAAACAAAACAAGAAAUUGAUUUGUUGAUCUUUUCUUUUACAAGUGGAUGCGUGGUUAUGCCACGUAUCAUGGGACGUGUUAGCUAAUACGCACUUGCACACAUGCACGAUACACUUGUUACUCAAACCAUCUCGCCACGACAUGGACGUUACACCAAAACGUGGUGGGUAAUACGUAACUCGGUGCGAGGAACUUGUGUUGAGACCGACAACUGGUCAGUAUCCACUAUCCUCAACUUCUUUGUACUCCAUAACCCAUUUAUUCUGUGUCGUUGUAUAUUGCAUAUUGGCGUGGCCAAGUAUAAGAAGGCUGAUAGAUUGGAAACAGAAAUCUUUUUAAUCUUUAUACUGUUAACUAGUUUCUCCUAACUUUUUCUUUAAAUAAGACAUUCACCUAGGUUUUCAUCUCCUAUGAUGAUGGGCAUGAUUCCUACCAUAUUAAUAAGCAAAAGAUACAAGGAGGGGAACAUAAAACCAUAUAUUCAAGAAAAGUUACAAAAGAAGACAUUAACGGAAAGCAAUGAGAAUUUUCCAUUUUCAAAAAAAAAAGAAAAGGUUCACUAAACAUAUGACUAUUUCAAUUAGAAAAAUCCUCAUUUCUUCAUUGACCUUAGCCAAAUCCCUUCUUUUGAAUCCAUAUCCUAUAGUUUUCAAAGCGUGCUUUUCGCAUUUUGUAUGCUCAUCUUACCAUUCCGGGGAGUUGUUCAAAAUUAAAAUAGACUCUUUGAGGGGUGUGUGAUUUAUCCAGCUUUAGCAAGUCUGCCACUAUAUUAGCUUCUCUAUGAGUGGAUUCAUCAUGUAUAGUAGCUAAAAAAUUUCGGAUCUUUGAAAUGCAUUCCAGUAAUUUCCAUGAGGGAGUCCUACUUCCAGUGAAUCAACAAUGCUCUUGGAGCCAUCUCCAAAAUCACAUUGUCAAUAAGUGUUAGUUUCCAUGGCUUCUGCUAGAUUGUUUGUACAAUAAGGCAGGGAUAGUGAAAGACAUUACAUUAGUGUUGUGAUCCCUAAAGAUAACACCUGCAGCCUUCUCCCUUUCCUUUGAGUACCUAUCUGUAUUAAGUUUCAAAGAAUAAUUCUCUUAUUUGAGUUAAAUACAUUGUGAAAGAAAUCAGUUUUGACUA